AGAUACUUCUGGUUCUGACUGCCACUUUGGAAGCGGAAGCGCGCAUGUCCCCUGGAAUCCACCUUCCUAACAAUGCUGUCGUAGUUGUCGCUUUCGUUUCCGAGUAUACUAGGAGACCCUCACGCUGUCCCUUCAGAUCACGAACAUCGUGAACAUUCUGUGGGGUUUGAAUUCCUCUAUUGCCGACAAAGGCAGUCGCGACUCCCGUGGCGUUCCCCUUCGGCCUCAAGAUUUCACCCCAGGCCUUACCAUUGGAGCAAUCCCGUUCAAAUGUGACAUUCGACAUCGUAGCGAGAAACAUGCAGCGCUGAUUCGUGGGGCAUAUGCUCAAGCACGGCCAACUUGAGGCAUGUUCAAGCAAGAGGUGACCCGAGCGAACAGAAGUUCGUCGAAGACUGGUGAGCAGUUUCUAGUGUCCAGCUAUGGUAUCCCUAUCGUCCGAUUGUACGCGUUAGUUUUGACAUUUGGGGUAUUUGACACGCCUUGUCUCCGUCUGCCUUACUGAAGUAAAUUCGUUGCAGCUCUUUUGCGAACGUGACGCUGUCUACGAUACAUUAAGGAGGCAUUCUCGGAGGUCCUUUGUGACCGAUGAUGGCUUAACGUCAUUGCCAGCCUAUCGAGAAAAUCUCUAUCUCUAUCUAUGUCAUUCAAUGACCCCAGUCUUGAGCUGAAGUGACGCCGCAGCGCUCCAGCUUAUAUAUAAUUCAACGCCAUUGUACAACCCAAUUCAUUGACCAUUGCUUUAUCGACCGCCCGAACUCUCACUAUGCUGGCAUCUAUUGCACUUCUGAGCCUGCUCGUUUUAUUUGUACUCAGUCAGCUGCGCGGAAAGGGUUCACGAGAGUCGGGUCUCCCUCCUGGUCCACCUACUCUUCCUAUCAUAGGAAAUAUACAUCAAUUCCCUACUCAGUCUGCCUACCUUCGAUUCACGGAAUGGAGCAAGCAAUAUGGUGGUAUAUUCUCAUUGAAAUUGGCAUCGCAGACAAUUAUUGUAAUCUCCUCCCCUCGCCUAAUACGGGAUUUCAUGGACAAACGCAGUGGUUCCAUGAGCGACCGACCUCCGUCAAGGAUCGUGGAUAUCACCACCGAUGGGUUGAGCCUGGCAGUGGCUCGAAGUGGUCCAGUAUGGAAGUCUUUAAGGCGAGCAGUACAGCAGCUCCUGACUCGCGAAGCCUGUUUCUGGCAUACGCCUAUUCAACAGGCGGAGGCAACACAGAUGAUGUACGAUUUACUGAAACAGCCUGAGGACUUCUUUGACCACAUCCAAAGACAAACAUUUUCCAUCAUGCUUUCCACGGUCUGUGGUUUUCGAAGCCCCCGAUACGCAGAUAGUGUUGCAUCCCUUUUUUUCUCAAUCCAACACAAAUGGGAGGCUUUAAUUGCACCGGGCGCUCAUCCUCCCAUCGAUCUUAUACCUGCAUUGGAGUACAUUCCGGGACGUUGGGCUUCGUGGAAGACCAUUACUAGGGAUAUACGGAAACAGCAAAGAAGCAUGUACUUCAAUCUGAGAGAUGAUUGCGAACGCCGGAUCAGGGAAGGCCGAAGGAAUGGCUGUUUCCUGGAAGAUAUUAUCGAUCAGCAGGAGAAGUUGGGAUUGACAAGGGAUAUGGUAGGGUACCUGGGAGGCGUCUGUAUUGAGGGCGGCUCUGCCACGACUGCUGCCUAUCUGCAUAGAUUUGUUCUUUGCAUUUCUUGCUAUCCUGAUGUGCAGACUCGGGCACAGGAAGAGAUCGACGGCUUGAUUGGGUUCAAUAGGGUGCCUACUUCGCAGGAUAUUGAACACCUGCCGUACAUACAAGCAAUAAUCAAAGAGGUGCAUCGGUUUUACACCAGUGGUCCUCUGGGGAUCCCUCACGCCACUACCAUUGAUGAAACUAUUGACGGGUACUUCAUACCUAAAGGCUCUACGAUUUUCAUGAACAUCUAUGGGAUUUAUCAUAGCGAGGAAUUAUAUGAACGACCUGAAAUCUUCAAUCCGGAACGCUACCUCAACUCUGAAUUCGGAACCAAGCCGAAUGCAGAUACCACUGGUCUUCGUUCUGAUCUCCACUUUGGAAGCGGAAGGCGCAUUUGUCCCGGAAACCACUUGGCAAACAGUUCUAUCAUCAUGAACGUCAUAAAUCUUCUGUGGGGCUUCGAUAUGAAAAUCGCCGAUGCAGCCAACCGCGACCGCCACGUUCCCAUCCGGGCAGAAGACUUUACAACCGGCAUCGCGAUUGGACCAAAGCCUUUCAAAUGCAACAUUCAGCCUCGUAGCGAGAAACAUGCCGCGUUGAUUCGUGAGGCGUAUGCUCAAGCGAGACCAACUCUCAGCAUAUUCGAACACGAGUUGACUCCGAGCGAGCAGAAGUUCGUCGAAGACUGGUGAUUGGUUUCUAGCAUCCGGCUACGGUCUUUUUAUCAUCCAUUCGUACGCAUUUGAUCCGGCAUCUAGAGAGUUUGACCGGGUACUACAUCAAGGGAGUGAAUUUGUUGCAGCUUUUCGCAGAACGCUACGGUGCCCUAAAUACAUUAUAUAACCUUUUGGAAACUGGAACCACUCUGAUUCGUUCCCAGAAUGCUCAAGCAUAAGCUACUUUCUGCACAUUCGAACGAGACUCGGAGCUGCCUGCAGAAGAGAGGACAUUUGUCAAAGCACAGCGAAGGCUACGCAGAGCUUGGGACCAGGAUGAACAUCACGUCAAGUAGCUAUAGAUAUCUAUUUGACUUCGCAGUCAUACGUAUUACAAACAAUAUACUGCACGACUGGAUUGUCUUGAUAUUCGCGCCCGAUCUACAAGUGCUUUUUGAAGAAUUCGACGGCAGCCUUGUAUGCUCCCUCCUUAGCGGUCUUGGCCGCGGAGUCGCUUUGCAUUAAGAAAUAAACUUGAAUCUU